GUUCAAAUAUUCCCGCUUAUAAUACCAACGUGCUAGCCAUAAAUAUGAAUGCGAAUAAAAAUAUGUGUGUAUUAAUAUAUGGAUAUAUUUAUAUACAUUUGAUAUGUAUAAUUAGACAAGCUAUUACAUGGACACGCCGGAAAGAGGCUCAAUUCUUAACGGAUCCCAAAACGGGAGCCAUCUGGUAUAUAGGGGGUAGGAUCGCUGAUACUAUUGAUACCAACGAGAUUGACAGAUUCCUGAACGGGGCCUGGAAUGCCAACAUCCCUGUUGUCCUUCCAAGUACUACUGAUGGACCCAAGUCAACCAUCACCAUGAACAAGUACAGCUCAAGCACUGCUCAUCUCUUUGGAAAUCGCAUCUAUAUUUUUGGAGGAAUCACAUCCGGAAAUGGGCCACGAAGUUACCAGAGCUUUCAAAACAUACCCUGGAUUAAUAUCUCGACUUCACCGCCUACCAUUGGAUCUCAGCUAACGCUCGGCUCAGUUCCGAGUGGACGAGAUGCGCAUUGUAGUGUUCUAAGUAAAGAAAAUGACUGAAAAUGCAUUGCCGACAGGAAUAAAGUAAUCAUCUUUGGAGGACGCGACGCCAACUCAAAGACAACUUUAUCCGAUAUCUGGUCUCUUGA